AUAACAUUAACUUAUCUCACACUCACUCAACAUUAUACGACAACAAAACUGAUUAAUUCAGCUAUCAUUCUAUAUAAUGGAUACGUUAAUUAAUGCUCACGUCCAUUGUGUAUCUUGUGGCAUAAAAGAUUAGAACGUUAAGAACCGCCGAACACUAUAAGCACAUACACAUAAAAUGCGCAAAAGCAUUAAGAAAAAUGAAAGUUACUCAAAGCUCAUGACGACAGAAGGGGCUAACACCAUUGUCGAUGAGGAUUUGAAAUUUGAAAUGGAAUUACCCGAAUGGGCGGACGAAGAAAAAGUCAAAAGAGGUCAGAGUUUUCUGGUACUAAACAUGAACGCUAUGGCUCGUGCAAUGUUCUGCGGACUGAUUGUCGCGCUACCAGUCGAGUCCCUCACACAGAUUCUUAUUUUCACAAAACAAUCCUCAACGCCAGCUUUAUCGUACAGAAGAUUUAAAGCUAAUGGACUGCAUGCACAACAUUGGUUCCAGAAUCCAAUUAAACCAGGCACCUUAGCUUGGCAAUCACUUCAAACGAUACGGAAAAUGCAUGUCGUAGUGAACAAGCGUUCAACGAAGGCGGGUGUCGGAAUUAUUUCGCAAAAAGACAUGGCAAUCACGCAAUUUCUGUUUAUGGGCUUCAGUAUGUGGAGGCCGGAAUUGUUCGGUAUUGUGGGAAGUUACGAGCAGUUUGAUGCAUACAAUCACUUUUGGCGAUUAAUUGGAUAUAUGCUCGGAACUGACGAUCGGUUCAACGCUUGCGGUGAGACUGUAGAAGAAACACAAAGUCGGUUACAAUCCAUCGCAGAGGAUAUGCUUGUACCCGCGUGGAAAGAUCCUUUCCCUGAAUGUCUUCCUUAUGCAAAAAUAACCUUCGAUGGCGUAUGGACAGGGACACCGACUGCACAUUACGAUACAACGAUGUUCAUGAUAAAACGAGCAAUUGGUGUUCCAGGCUACUAUUGGUUCGAUUCUGAAUCGUCUGGAUUCGAGGAGGAAAACCGAAAACUAUUCGACGAAAUGUCCCUUUUCACUAAAUUUAACAUAUUUUUGGACAUAAUUAUUUACGAGUACCUGAGUCACGUGUUCAUUUUCCGUUGGAUAUUUAACGUUCUUCGAUUUUUCUUGGCAUUGCUCGAUAUGUAUCCAAUUUUAGCGUUAAUACGUUUCGGCAAGAAAUAUGCCCUUGUCGAAGUUAUGAAGAAGAAGAAAGUCAAUUAAGU